AACUGGAAAGCGCGUAGACUUUUACAGCGAACAAGAGGGAAUCACCAAAAAAUAUAAAAGAUUUAAUUGGAUAGUAUUUUUUAGUCCCAGUGGUGUAGACGUGGCGUUAGGUGAUCUUAAGAAAUUGGAAUAUUGGGAUGAAGUAAAGAUUGCAGCCAUUGGGAAAACCACGGGAAGCUAUCUUGAAGAGACUAAGGGUAUAAAGGUUCAUGUCGUAUCUCCCAAGCCCGAUCCAGAGAGCUUGGUGAACAGUAUUGACGAAUACGAUGAUGUUACUAUUUCUCGUUCGGGAAUCGAAUAA